UGGCUUUCAGUAACAAGUGUUUCUUACAAAAUUCUUGUUACCACAGAAACUUGCUCUGCCUUCAUGCAGUGAAGCAACACAAAGCAGUAGGAAAUGACCAUUAAAUAACACGGAAGCAAAACAGUGCUGAGCGCUGCCUGUCAGUGCUGGUGUGCGCAUUCAUUUUCUUAAAGCCAUCCAAAUCUGCAGCUAAAAGAAAGCGUUGGGAGAGGGGGAGCUCAGAAAGCACAAACAAUAGCAGGUUUAACCUUCCUAAGGUUUCAAUACAUCCGACAACACAGGGGAUACACUGAGUGUCAAAAUGGACACGUUGGGAAAGGGUUCUGGAUUCAGGAGGAACACCUUGACUGGUUCUUGGCAGCCAGCAAGCACACCGCUGGGGCAACCAGCCUCAGCUCCACCUCUGUCUCGUGGCAGCACCCGACCUGGAAGAGCACACCUGGUUGCUAGGCCCAGUGCAGAGGACCAGGCAGCACUGCAGCAGGACCAGGUUCAGCAGGAUAAGGUCUGGAGGGAGUCUGUGGAGGCUGAACAGAGAGGAAGAAAAAUUUGGUACCAGAACUGGAGUUUCCUAAAGGACUAUGACCAAAUGGGUAACAAAAAGGAACAGAAGCCACUGCCAGACUGUAUGUCUGUGUUUUCAAACACAGUUCCCAAUUCCACCAACCAGAACAUUGGCAGUAGGGUGAAUACUGAACUUGGCAAGGUACUGAUAAACAUGGAUUACUUCUUCAGCAGGGGAGCACAAAAGAGGAAACUUGAAGAUGACCUCCAGCUUUCCUAAUGCUUCAAGUAAAAAUAUCAGUAACAAAGCAAGUCAAAGAGA